ACACGAGUAAAAUCUUUUUGAACAAACACAAACCCCAUUAUAAACAACGUUAAACGUGGAUCAAACAUGAGCAAUCCAUACCAGUAUGAGAUGCAAGACUUGAAAGGGUCGUCUGGAAGUGACCACGAAGACUUUGUCAGCUUCAUGAACGAAAUCCAGGACUUGAACAGUCAAUUGGAUCAAUACGGGAACUUGGUGUCAUUGAUUUCCAAUAAACAGAGAAACUUGGUUCAGGAGAUCGAGUUGAACAGUGAGGAUGCUGAAUAUAACAGUAAGCAGGUUGACUCGUUGAUAUACGAAGCCAAGUCUUUACAAGAUCAGUUGAAGUCAAGGAUCAAACUGUUGCAAGUUCCUAGUGUCCACAAAAACGACAGAACCAGAAUCGACCAGGUCGAAAACGUUAGACAACGGUUCUUGGAACAGAUCCAGGAGUACCGGUUGAUUGAAAGCCAGAACCGUGAACAAACCCGGUUACAAGCUGAGAGACAAUACAAAAUCAUCAAGCCCGAUGCUACCGAAGCUGAAAUUAGACAGGUGGUUGAUGAUGGUAGUGACAGUCAACAAUACUUCCAACAGGCAUUGAUGCAGAGCAACAGAAGAGGCGAAGCCCGGACUGUUUUGAGUGAAGUACAGACCAGACAUAGAGAAUUAUUGAAGUUAGAGAGAACCAUGGCUGAGUUGACCCAAUUAUUCCAUGACAUGGAAGAGUUGGUAAUCGAACAAGAUCAACCAAUCCAGCAGAUUGAAGAGCAGGUAGCCACUGCACAGCAUGAUAUUGAACAGGGGGUUGGCCAUACUGAUAAAGCAGUUAUUUCUGCUAAGAAGGCUAGAAAGAAGAGAAUGUGGUGUUUCAUUAUUUGUCUUAUUAUAGUAGCUAUUUUAGCGAUCAUUUUGGGGUCCUACUUCGGUACCAGAAAAUAAGCGCAUGUGUGCGUUGAGUUUGUGGGAGUAUGAUAAAAGAUGUUUAGAAUUGAAUAAUAAUAAUGUUGCUGAGGGUCGUACGUCGGAGUUGGGGCGCGGCUGGUGCUAUAAUCAUGAGCCGCCACCUAGAGCAAGGCGAGGAUGGAUGCACGUCGACGGUAGUCGGGUUUAUAUUGGGGUUAGUGUAGCCGUGUCUAAUCAACAAAUAUCUCGCGAUGAUUGGCUCACAGGCAGCGUGAACCUGCCUUAACCAAAUGUCGUACACGUGUCGUUUAUAUGUCGCAAGUCCCACAACGGUUGUUCAGCAUACCUAUUCCAUAGACUUUGCUGGGUUGGUAUACCAUCAAAAUGCAUAUGAAUUGAUUGGCUUAGAGACCUUGGAAGCUUUGAGAAGCUUAGGGGAACUUUCGGUAUAGUACGUAUUUUGAUGAAGCAAAUG